CUAGUUCACAAUCAGAGUGUGACUUGAAAACAGUCUUGAGUUAUGCAUUUAGAGACUUUGUCCUGUGCGCGCGCAUUGGGCGCAGUCGUCGUGCCAGGGUCACUCGGAUUAUGCUCGACACAUCGUCUCUUUUAAGUGAACCGAGGAUUUUCACAGAGGCACGCAGACUUGAUAAUGAACUGGCAGUGGAGUGACAUAUGUUCCCAUACGUUAUGGAUGGUUUCAGCAGCGAUCCUGGCCAUAAUUGUACGCGCGCAGCGGAAAGCAUCGUGGAACCCGCGCGCUUGUCCAGUUAAGUUAAAAGGGAAAACUGCGAUUGUGACUGGAGCUAACACGGGUAUUGGGAAGUUCAUUGCCCUGGACUUUGCCCGUCGUGGGGCGCGAGUGAUUCUGGCGUGCCGGAGUGAGGUUCGUGGGACUGCAGCGCUGCAAGAAAUCAGAGGAAGUACUGGAAACCAGAAUGUACAUCUGCGUCUGCUUGACACCUCGUCACUCAACUCUGUGCGGAAGUUUGCAUCACGGAUCUUGGAGGAAGAGAAGGAAUUACAUAUCCUGGUCAAUAACGCAGGGGCCUCAGGUCUACCAGGUAAGAUCACUGCAGAUGGGCUGGAAAUCACUUUUGCAACCAACCAUGUUGGGCCGUUUCUGCUCACCAGUUUGCUUUUAGACCUUUUGAAGAAAUCAGCUCCAGCUCGUAUCGUAAAUGUUUCGUCUAUGAAUCACUGGAAAGGUGAGGUAAACUUUGAUCAUUUCCAUGGUCGCAAUCUAAAGCAUGUGAUGGAUGCUGCAUAUAACCACACCAAGCUGCACAACAUCAUCUGGACCAACGAGUUGGCACGCAGGCUUCAGGGCACAGGUGUGACGGCAAACUCUCUGCAUCCAGGUGUAGUUAUGACAGACAUAAUGAGAAAUUACAACUUCAUCAUACGAUUCCUCUUCAACUUGGUCGGCUUUUUCUUCUUCAAAACCGCUGAAGAAGGGGCUUUUAGUCCAAUAUACUGUGCAGUGUCCGAAGAAGUAGAAGGAAUAACAGGAAAAUACUUUGACAGUGAUUGUUCCCUGGUCUUACCAGCUCCUUCUGCCAGAGAUCCUGCUCUUGGAAUGAAGGAAUAUGAGUUUUGUGAGAGACUGACUGCUAAACCUUAAAGAGACAGUUAAAUUCGUAAUUUAUUCACCCUCGUCCAAAACCUGUGUGGUUUAUUUCUUUGCAGCUCUCAAAACAGACCAAACUUGCCAUAUAAGCUGUCCAUAUCACAGCUACAUCCCAAGUCUUUUGAAGCUUUAUGUGAAGUUAAUAGCAGACUGAAAUUAACUUUUGCCCCAAUACUAAUUAAGCUCCAUCAGUUACUGAUUGUUGUAGUCUUUUUUUCUAGAGCAGAAAAAUACUGUUCAAAACGUCUUUGAAUGAAGAACAAACUCAUUCUUUCAUUAUGGCUCUUUUUUGGACACUCAACAACUUUUACAGAGAGUUAUGUUUUUGAUAUUGCCUUCUGCGAUGUGGUAGUUAUUUUCUCAAACUUAUCAAUUUUAAAAGAAGGUUGUUAAAGAAGCGCUCCUAAAAUUCAAUGUGAAUUUAUGCUUUUCCACUUUAAAAGUCUGGAGUCUGUUUGAUUUCUUGAAGAAAUGAUUUUAUUAAGCAAGUAUGCAUUAAAUUGAUGUAAAGUGAA